AUGGUCAGGCGGUCGUUCUCCUGGCCCGGUGAUAUCGUUUCCAAGGAGGAUGUGGUCAGUGCUGUGAGUACAGAUGCACACAGCGAGAGCCCGAGCAAUGCUGAAGCCUUUCCGGCCCUUCCAUGUGGGUUGGAGCUCACUGCCGUGGCUCGUGACCGUACGACCCCAAUGGACUCUGGUGAAAGUGAGUGCGACAUGGAUAGGGACAGUACCAUGUACGCAUUGGACACUGGAUACGAAACUUCGUCAGAAUACGGUUUCCGCCCAUGGCCUCAAACUUCAGUGCAAGAGGUAGGAGUCAGAGAGUCUCCACCCGUGCCGCUGGUGCCAGUUGUGCUGCAUCAGCCGAUCACCGCCAUGCCAUGCCAACCAUUCAUGGCAGGGCAAGAUCAAAAUCUCGUGAUGUGCCAGAUUCCACACCUUUAUCCUCCUUGGUUGUGUGUACCAGUUGCACUCCAAUCGACUUGUGCAACAUCUAGCAACUACCACCCCAGUGCAGUUCCAACUCCUGCUACAGAGAACCCCUCAGGUCGGGUGUCCACAUCAAAAACUGGAUCAAGAAAGAAGAAUGGUUCAAAAGCAAAGAUUUCGCAAAGCCAAGGUUCCCGGCAGUCAGCAAUGGAUAAGACAGGGAACGGCCCAAAGCUGAAGGGAACAGCUUCACACAGUGAACAGCAUCCAGCAUUAGUCGAUGCAGUUGCAGCAAGUGAAACAUCCAAGCAGAGUUCUGCGUGCGCUCGAAGCUGGCAGUCAGCACAUGAUGCAGCAUGUGCUGAGAUUUUGCAGGCUGCAACCAGGGAGCACAAGGACUCCGCCAUGCAGCCAUCGGCUUGGGUGAAUCAGAAAGGAAAUGAACCCAAGCCGGAGAUUCACGAGAAGCUUUUGGCCGGGUGCACCGACAACCUUUGCUUCCUAAUCAGGCAACCUGAGGAGUUGGCCAAUUUCAAUCUCGUCAGAGAUUCUGGCUUUCAGAGACAGGUGCAAGAGUUUCUCUUAGAUCCAGAUUUUUUGUGGAGUUCCCUUGCAGCAGUAAAGAUGCCACAAUAUCAAACAAGCGCAAACUACGGCAUUUCUGGCCAUGACUCCGACAUUUUGGGUGUCAUUGUCAUCAAGUCAUCCGAUUGUUGUGUGAUGCCGCUGAAGAUUUCGGUUGGAAUUUGGCUGAGGAAAGAGGACACCCGCGUGCUCCGCCGAAUUGUCUCACAAGUUGUGUUGCAGGUGGUUGGAGCAAGUCCACUCCAGAAAAACUUUGACAUUCGAAGGAAUCGUUUCACAUUGGAAGGGGUUCACAAGACAACUCCGAUUGAGAUGCUGAUACAAACCUUCAUCAAGGACGAAUCGCUGCCAGAAGUGGACGCGAUUGAUCUCAACGUGGCUUUGGACUCGGACGAGUUGAAAGAAUUGCAGCAAGGCUUUCAGAGCCGCAACCUGAAACUGACUGGACAAGAAGGAGACUUCUGCAGCCUUGCAGAGCGAGUUCGUCAGCGCUUCAAAUCGCGCCCCAAACUUCCAGAUUUUCUGGGAAAAGACAAGAGCUUCAAGGGCAGUUGGCUUCCAGGUACUCUCUUUCAGUGCACCCUUUCUGAGUCUCCGCUUCAGUUCACUCAGUGUGACUGGCGGAAGGAGUUGGAUGGCCACAUAGUGGUUCUCCUGCCAUGGCAGAACAGGCAGGGCAGAACUGACAGCUUGCAAUUGGAAGAAGAUCAUGCCCUUGUGGCCCGGGUGGACACAACAUCACCUAGCAUCUACUUGGUUCCAAGAAUUGUGCUACAUCCUGUAACUCUUCGUAAGCCAAGCAAGGAAGGACAGGAUUGCAACGAGAAAAAAAUGUCAUCAUAUUUGGGACGCAGUUACAAAUUCAAAGUUCUAGUCAGAUCAGGUGCUACAUGGCAAGAACCACUCCAAGCCUCCCUUUGCACGCAGCUUGUUGGCCCUAGUAGGUGCUUGGUUCAGCUAAGGGAUGAUUCGGACCAAACCAAUGCAACGCCAGUCGAAGUGGAAGUUGACGCGGUUACAUUGGCAAUGGACUUGCCGAGCAAAUGCCUGGCCAAGGGACAAGAUGCAACCAUCGUGGCAUAUCAUGGCUGAAAGAGCAGAGAUGUCAAGCUGAAGAGCUGGCAAGAGCUGGACUUGUGCAGAGAUGCGCCUUGUCAUGCCUGUGCCUGAAGCAGGUGCCGGCUGCUUCCGGCAGGUGCGUGGAGUCCCUGAG